CUGGCUCGCUAUCAAUGAUUGCCUGAUCCGCUCGCUGUGCGACCUGUGGCAGCGGCGCCAGCCAGGAUUCCCCAGCGACGAUGUCGGGCGUGGCGGGUGGACGACCAUCGUCUCGAUCGGCUAUGAGCCUCAAACGCAGCCUGGUUCACAUCGGCAGGACAAUGGCAACAGCUUCUCCAUCAGGAUAUGUCAAGGAGCGAGUGGCUGCCAUCGAGGCAGUCACCAAAGCCUGCCGCCUGUGUGAAAGAGUCUUUCGUCAACUGGUGACGUCUGAGACCAUCAUCAAGAAGGACAAGUCCCCCGUCACCGUCGCCGAUUUCGGUGCCCAGAGCGUCGUCAACGCUAUUCUGCUGCGACACUUUCCCGGCGAUCGCAUCGUUGGAGAAGAAGACUCGAAAGAUCUCCGAGACAGCCCAGCCACUCUCCAGAGGGUCCUGGAGCUUGCCAACUCGGUGCUGGAGCCUGGAUUCCCAUCUGGCGACGAGCUUUGCGAUGUGAUCGACCAAGGAAACUUUGAGGGCGGUGGAUCUGGGCGGUUCUGGACACUCGACCCGAUCGAUGGUACCAAGGGCUUCCUGCGAGGAGAGCAGUUCGCCGUCUGCCUUGCGCUCGUUGAAGACGGUCGCGUUACACUUUAUUCAGAAAAAAACGGGACAAUAUAGCCGUUUCCAUGAACAUGUAGUAUGUGCUGUGCUUGCGUCUAGCAAAGCCACAAGAAAUAAAACAG